UGUCAGCCACUCAUUGAUACCCGCCUUAUCUCUCAUUCCACUUGCUGUAUUCUAGUCGCACCAACCCACACACCCAGAAAGUCGCCUCACGACCACACCAUACACAAAGGAGGAACACAUAACGAUACUCGCUUGAAGUCAAGCCUAGAGCGAUCCCGAAAACAACGAUCAUGAUGGACAUGAUGGCAUUAGACUGGGAGUUGGAUGUUGGUUGGGAUCCAGGGUAUCCUGAACUUAAACACAUUGUAAACCGGCUCCCAGCGAACUUCAAAGAGCGGGCCAUGACCCGCGGUAUCAUCAUCGACGACCCCUCUACCGGUAUAACGGAGCACCAAAUCCUAAACGAGAUUUACGGCUGUCGUAAACUACAGUCGCUCGUGCUCACCGGCGUACGCGAUCUCUCAGACAGAACGAUCAUUGAGCUCGCAAAGACUGUCGGUGGGUUGCGCGGUCUUCAAAUCAACGGGUGCAAGUACGUCUCGGACGUGAGCAUUCUCGAGCUCGUUGCGAAAGCGCCCCCGUUGGAGUACCUCUAUAUCGGAGGUGGGGUUGUACUGACGGAUCCAACGAUAUCUGCGAUUGCGAAGACGUUUCCCAGACUCCAGGAGCUCGACCUGUCCGAAGGGCCCCUCAUCACGGCGGUUUCCGUACGGGAUGUAUGGUCGUUUUCUCGGAAAUUACGGUGUCUCUCCCUCGCACGGUGUCCCCAGUUAACGGAUACGGCGUUUCCGUACCGAAUCAAGGACAGAGGGAAGAAGCCGGAGUCGGAGGACAAGCCACUGCCCCAUCGGCCGCUGACAUGGAUCGAGCAACUUGAGCCGUUAAUGCUACGCCAUACGGCGGUGGAUAUGCGGAUACUUGAUUUGAGUGGACUGACGAGGAUUACGGAUGAAGCAGUGGCUGGCGUGGUAGCGCAUUGUCCUGCGCUGGACAUCUUAUCGUUGGCAGGUUGCACGAAUUUGACGGACGAUGCGCUGGAGAGCGUAGCGAAGUUAGGGGUGAGCUUGAGCGCGUUGAAUCUGGCUCAUGUACCACACAUCACGGACAGUGGGGUCAUGAAACUCGCACAGGAGUGUCUCGAACUCCGAUCCGUAGACUUGGCGUUUUGUCGACAGCUGACAGAUCUGGCGGUGAUGGAACUGGCGGGGCUGCAGAAGCUUACCCGACUUGUGUUGGUACGAGUGCCCAAAGUGACGGACAAUGCGAUUUACUUUCUUGGGGACCACACUCCGACUCUGGAGCGCCUACAUCUGUCAUACUGUGACCGGAUAUCGCUGAAAUCAUUGCACCACCUGAUUCGCCGCAGCCGUCAACUGAGACAGUUGACCGUAACGGGGGUGCCAGCAGCGCGGCGGAAGGGACUUGGUAGGUUUUCAGAUCCACCGCCUGAGAGAUGGCCAGAUGAUCAGAAGGCAGUAUUCCGGGUGUUUAGCGGGGAGAACAUCGGCAAGUUGUGCCAGUUUCUGGACAAGGAAAAGACUCGACGCCAGCAGGCUGAAGCACGAAACAUACCGUUUGUUGCGCGGUCUGACGACCGGAUGGACUUGUACUGAGCACUCUAGCGCUUGUGACACAGGGGGCCGGGUGUCUUGACCAAAUUGGAUGGUCCCCGAUCGAGGCCCAAUUUGACGAAAAAGGCAAUAUCUGAUUCCGUAACAGGAAAGUGGAUUUGACCAAGCUGUGAACGUGCAGGUCUUGCUGUAUCUACGUUGCGGUCGAGGGAACGAUGAUAUUGUGGUUGACGAUUGAGAGGAGGAUCGACGGGAACGUUUUCUGCUCAGGGGGGAAGAUACUGGUCCAUUGGUUUGAGUUAGUGCAGCUUUUACGUUACAUGUUGUAAUUCGAUUGUCUCGCAGAUUAGUGUGUGAUACUGACGUGACGUAUUCUUUGUUGUACACGUUCGAACUCGUGCAGC